CCUCUCAUUCAUCAAUCAAUCAUUCACCUCCUCUCCUCUCUUCCAUAUGUUCAAAACCUAUUAUACUCAAGCAACAAUGGUUUCCACCAAACUCCUCGGCUCCUUCAUCGCCUAUGCGCUUGCCUCGCAGGCUCUCAACUUCCGCAUCAAAGCAGUCGAACACUCCUUCUUCUCCGGCCAACCCCAGCUCGCCCCCAGCGCAGCAAUGAGCGCCGACAUCAUGACCUCCGAAUCGGAAGACUGCCCCGACGGUAACCCCAAAGACUGCAAUCAGCAUCAAUUCCUUUUCGGAGAAGGAGAUUUCUGUGCCUCGACUGCAGACAGCCCUCUCAAGGUUUGCGGGCGCGAGUUCAAUCUUCAGGGUCAUGAGCCUACUUGUGGCACUUUCAGGGCCAAUGGCGAUCCGACUGAUAGUGUGCCUCCUGAGGGUGAGAGUGUUGAUUAUGGCGGCGAUGCUGAGGCUUUGACCUGUGGUCUUGGUAGUCGUCCAAGAAUCCUGUCUUGCGUUGCUUCGAUGAUGGUAACUGUUGAGCGUGGUGUGGGGUUUGUUCCCGAUGGUCUGGGGGGGUCUUUCGACUUUGUGGUUUGCGAUCUUGCAUUUGGAAGUGUACCAACAUAG